UAAUAUAGGGAAAUAAUGAAAUAUUUUGGGAAAUGCGGCGGUGGGUAGGGCAAUAUGUGAAGGGGGAAGAAACAGUCACCGAGUCACGUGAUCCUGUUUCACCGCAGAUCGGUAGCAUCUGCGGGUUUGAUUCCGAUGCUCCGCCCAACGCCCGUGACGCAAUGAGCACAAUGCGCAUGCUCACAGUCCCGGGAAAGGCAGUGUUGUUUUUACGUUCUUUGUGAAAGUUGGUUGGCGGUGUGUUCGGGAUUGGGAGGGGGUUCUCGCCCCUUUGGACGGGGAGCCGGAGGCGGAUUAUUCUCUGUGGGGCAACACCAACAAUUUUCCUUCGGUUAAAAAUGACAAGGAAUUUGUCUAUGGGAAUGUCUAACACAACACACAUGUUUUGCUGUCUCUUUUGAUAUUUAAGAAGUGGAGCAAGGGAUUCACUCGAUUAUCCUUCCUGCUCAGACUGUGGCGAGGGAUUUACUCGGUCAUUUCAAUUGAAGGUACAUCAGCAAGUUCACACCGGGACAAGGCCAUUCACCUGUUCUGUUUGUGAGAAAGGAUUCAGUCGUCUUCCCACCUGUGGACACACUAGUCAGAUCACACUGGGCAGAAGCUCUUCAUCUGCUGAAUUUGUGGGGAAAGAUUCAUUUUGUCAUCUAACCUAAUGGCUCACCAGCGAGUUCACACCAGAGAGCGGCCAUUCACCUGCUCAGACUGUGGGAAGAGAUUCACUCAGUCAUCCCAACUGAAGGCACAUCAGAGAGUUCACACUGGAGAGAGACCAUUCACUUGCUCAGAAUGUGGGAAGGGAUUCACUCAGUCAUCCGACCUACUCACACACCAGUCAGUUCACACUGGCGAAAGGCCAUUCACCUGCUCAGACUGUGGGAAGGGAUUCACUCAGUCGUCCGCCCUAAUGGCACACCGACGAGUUCACACUGGGGAGCGGCCGUUCUCCUGCUCGAACUGUGGGAAGAGAUUCACUCGGUCAUCCCAACUGAAGGUACAUCAGCGAGUUCACACCGGGGAGAGGCCAUUCACUUGCUCAGACUGUGGGAAGGGAUUCACUCGGUCAUCUAACCUAAUGGCACACCAGCAAAUUCACACCGGGGAGAGGCCGUUCACCUGUUCAGACUGUGGGAAGGGAUUCACCUGCUCAUCCCAACUGAAGGUGCAUCAGCGAGUUCACACUGGGGAGAGGCCGUUCACCUGCUCAGAAUGUGGGAAGAGAUUCACUUGGUCAUCCCAAAUGAAGGUACAUCAGAGAGUUCACACUGGAGAGAGGCCGUUCAUCUGCUCGGACUGUGGGAAGGGAUUCAUUUGCUCAUCCCAGCUGAAGGUACACCAGUCAGUUCACACUGGGGAGAGGCUGUACACUUGCUCAGUCUGUGGGAAGGGAUUCACCCGGUCAUCUCAGUUACUGAGACACCAGUCAGUUCACACUGGUGAGUGGCUGUUCACCUGCUCAGACUGUGGGAAGGGAUUCACUGAAUCAUCUCAACUGAAGGUACAUCAGAGAGUUCACACUGUAGAGAGGCCAUUCACCUGCUCAGACUGUGGGAAGGGAUUCACUCGGUCAUCCGACCUACUGGCACACCAACGAGUCCACACCGGGGAGCGGCCAUUCACCUGCUCAGACUGUGGGAAGGGAUUCACUCGGUCAUCUAAGCUGAAGGUACAUCAGCGAAUUCACACUGGGUAGAGGCUGAUCACCUGCUCAGACUUCGGGAAAAGAUUUUCUCAGCCAAAUCAACCAAGUAGGCAUCAUUGAGUUCUUACCGGGGAGUGUCCGUUCACCUGCUGUGAAUGUGGGGUUGUGAUCAGUAUAGACUAUCACUGGUUUCUACGCUGGACAAAUGUCGACCUCAAAUUGCUGUAAUGCCAGGGUAAGUGACAGUAAUUCUUUUUCUACAGUGGAGUUAAUUCUUAGCUUAGGUGUAUAUCAUAAAGAGUGAACCAAUACAUGUGUGAUUAUAAUGUAGUACAUUACAGAAGUUUGUGCAAAUAGUAAUCUCUGGUUUACUGCUAAACCUCACUUUCAGUCAACCUGCUAUGAUAUCAUCUUUAACUUUCACAAGCUUCGUCCAGAAAAACAAAGCUGAUCACCAAAUAAACUAAGCCCAUUUUCUGAACUUCCACACCCACUCAUUAAUUUUAAGCAGGUCAUUAAUUUUAUCUUCAGGAUAUUUAAUUUGAUUAGUUUCCUUGAUGACACUAGCAGAUGGUCUCUCUGGGCCAAAACAACACUUUAAGUUCUGCCUCUCCAAAUCACAUACUUGAGCAACAUCACCAAGUUGUUUAUCCUUAAAUUUCAAAACAAACAUCUUGUUAACAAACCAUUGUUUAGUUAACGGUCUCUUCCCUUUGCACAACAGUCCUGGAACCAAACCCGAAUUUACAUUUACUUUAUUCAAAAGUCGAGUAACACUUUUUCCCUCAGUAUCUUCAAUAACAUCCAUCUCACCAGCUUUUAUCUCAUCACUGACUUUUAAUACACGUGACUGAGAAUCCUCACUCUCUACUGGUGCCAAGGUUAACCCUUUCUUCAUGGAACCAAGUCCAUUUGACCCAAAAGGAUUGCAUUCCUUUUUAACCAAAUCAGACAUUUCAGACCUUUCCUGAGUCUCCACACAAGGUUCAGUAACCUGAACACAGGCCAAUGGGACAACUGCCUCUUCUAGGCUUUCAAUACCAGUCCCAGUUUCAAAUUCCAAGUUCCCCUUAUCCUCCCAGUUACUCUCUGGGCAACACCCAUCUGGAGUAAACUCAACCUUGCAGGUUAAAACAACCUCGUCUGCUAACCCAGCGGACUCCCUCAAGGUAGCGGCAUCCUUUUCAUCUCGGAAAGCCUUUGCAUUAUUGAGAACACACUUAAAUUCUUCAACUACAACCAGCUCUGUCAAUCCAGAAACAUCAUCCGUGUCCAACCCUGGACCUUCUAACUGCCACAUCUGUUCCUCAUCUUGGCUCUGUGCCUCCAUAAAUUCCUUGCUCACUCCAAAAUGUCCACCCAGGGGUAUCUUAUGGGCCAAUUUCAAGAUUCUGUUCCUUGACAACACUGACUCUGCUUUGUCUCCCUUACUUUCUUUAGCCCCACUAUUCUCCGUUUUACCAUCCUCCAACCUCUCCUGGUACGGGGCUGGUAAAAACGUCUCAGCUAAAUCAAGGUUGGACUCGGCUAAAUCAGGGGUUGUCUUAACAGCUUUCCUCGACAUUCUUCUGGUGACUGCACCUGCGGGAUUAAAUUCAGGAACUAUGGGCGGGGGCUCAGUCCUGGCAGGCUUACUCGUGAGCUGAACUGCAGAGAACACAUCCCCCCCGGCCAGGUCAUUCCCGAGUAAGACAUCUACAUGGGGUAUCGGGAGUGCAGCCCGUACCCCUGUCAUGCCUGGUCCAGAUACCAGGUCACUCUUCAGAAAUACUUUAUGUAACGGUAUGGCCUCAGUUCCUUUUCCAACCCCUUCUAUCACGUUCACGUCACCAGUAUCUGCCUCACUAUUGAAUUCCAAUGCUCUGCUUAGGAUUAAGGACUAAAAAGCCCCAGUGUCUCUCUAGAUUCUUACUGGCACUGGGGGUGACCCCUCCCUCACAGGUACCAACCCGGUUGAAAGGGAUUUCUCACAUCCCUCCUGAACUCGGUUUAGCUCCUCUUUUAACAGCAUUUCAACCGGCUUAACACAGCCCGUCGGCGCGGUCACCUUUCCUUUCCCCGUCUCCUUCUUUGGAGCAAAGCACUUAGAUGCUAUGUGGCCAGAUUUCCCACUGUUAUAACACACACCGCUAGGAGACCUGCCAGACGGCUUUUCCUCCUUGUCUUUUCCGGUAGACCCCGGCUUAGUCUCAGACUUAGCCGUUAGGCUUUCUCUACCACCCCUACUACUCCUGUGGUAGCACUUAUUUGGGGAAAAUUUCAUUUGAUGGGUUAAGGCGUAUUCAUCUGCUAGCUUGGCAGAUUCUGAUAUGGACUUAUUCUUCUUCUCAUUCAGGUAUCUCCGGACAUUAUCCGGAACACAAUCUUUUAAUUCUUCAAUCAGGAUCAUCUUUCGUAGGCAGUAGAAAUCCUCCUCAACCCCUUCUGCAGCGCACCAACGGUCAAAGUACACACACUUGUCGUAUGUAACCUCUGUGAACAUCUGAUUCCACUGCUUCCUUAAGUCCCUGAACUCUUGUCUAUAGGCUUCAGGUGCCAGCUCAUAGGCCUGAAGGAUAGCCAGUUUUGCUUCCUCAUAAUCCUCUGCAGCCUCCAUAGACAACACUGCAUAUGCACGUUGAGCCUUCCUUUUAAGUACACUUUGUAACAACACCACCCACUUAUCUCUAGGCCACUUCUGGUUCACGGCCACUUUUUCCCUACAGGAAAGUGUUCUAACAACUCUGCCUUGAAUAUCUGCAUCGUGACAUAAUGUUCAGCUAUCUUACGUUGCAUCUCUGCCAUCAUCAUCCCUUUCUUAACCUCCUUGAAUUCCAAGGACUCCACCAUUUCCCAAAACUCAGACUUUUUAGCCAUCUUUAAUGCCACGAAGUCUGGACUUAACAGAAACUCGUCAACAUCCAUUUCUGCUGCCUGUCUUUCUGGUUUCUCACACAACCAGAUCAGAUAAGGGAAAUCUAUCAUUUUAGCUAAAGGCGUUUAUUAGUAAAAUAAGCAAAACAGUAUCAAUAAUACAAAUACACAUAUAAAGCAGGUUAACAAAAAUAAACAUAGAAGUGUAGGAAUAAUAAUCAAUAAUAAGAAACAAGCUCUAUCAAUGUCUAGGGUUAAGUGGAAACCAGUCCAAGACCAGCCUAUUGGCUCAGGGUGUCUGAAACUCUGAGGGAGGAGUUGUAAAGUUUGAUGGCCACAGGCAGGAAUGACUUCCUAUGACGCUCAGGUUUACAUCUCAGUGGAAUGAGUCUCUGGCUGAGUGUACUCCUAUGCCUAACCAGUACUUUAUGGAGUGGAUGGGAGACAUUGUCCAAGAUGGCAUGCAACUUGGACAACAUCCCCUUUUCAGACACCACCGUCAGAGAGUCCAGUUCCACCCCCACAACAUCACUGGCCUUACGAAUGAGUUUGUUGUUUCAGUUGGUGUCUGCUACCCUCAGCCUGCUGCCCCAGCACACAACAGCAAACACGAUAGCACUGGGCACCACAGACUCAUAGAACAUCCUCAGCAUCGUCCGGCAGAUGUUAAAGGACCUCAGGAAAUAGAGACGGCUCUGACCCGUCUUGUAGACAGCCCCAGUGUUCUUUAAUCUAACCACAUGUAACUCUCGCUUUGGCCCUCAGCUUAAUAUGGGGGGUGAUAGACCCGCAGCCCGGCCAAACUAAAGAAAUCUCGUUUUGGUGGAUGCUGUGUGCCGUGUCCCCUGUAGUAAAUCAGUACCCUGAAAUACAAAACAGUACACAAUAUGUGAUUAAAUGAUUGAGCUUUAUAAUUCUUACUUUGACCCCAGGGUUAGUAAAGAAAACAAAAAAAAAAGAAAAAGGGUCCAGUCUCUCCAUUCACGUCUUCUCAUCUCUCCCCAGCAAAAGAGCACAAAAUCUCUCUUCCAAACUCACAAGAAAGAACAUUUCUCUCAUUGGAUAGCCUCGCACUGUCACCUCUAGUCAUAACCUAAACAUUGUUAUACUUGUGACAGACUACCAGUUUCACACUGGGGAGAAAGUUUCAAUAGGCUGCAUGCUGGAUAUUUGUCCAUCACUGUUGCUGAAUGCAAGUUCGAGACUGACUGUCGGUGCUGAACUCUGCAAUUAUUGCUGCUGCUCACCACACCCAGUCCUGCACCCUGGUCACUGGGCAUGGGAGGAGUUUUUUCUGCAGCACAUUCACCUUUAAUGGGACGGGAGUUUAAUAUUCUGGGUCUAAGACAAAUAAAUCAGUUCUAUGUUAAACUCUGUCUUGGUGAAUUUACAACACACCUAGUGUACAGUAGAGAGUCAACUCGGGCCAGCUGGACCCAGUGAUUCUGUCCACAACAGUCCUUGUAAUUCCUCCGGUUUUCCCCCUCUCACUCUCCCUGUGGUGAUGGGUUCCUAACAGUCACCACUCUGUGGGUGAAAAGGUUUCCCUUGAAUUUUCUACUGACUGAAGAAGUCGAGCUGACUGCAGUUCUGUCUGAGAUGUUCUUCAGUUAAACUCCUUAAUCACAUCUCAUUUCCACAUUAUGGGUCACUUUCCCUGCUUCUAAAGUGUUGUUAGAGAACACCACUGUUCUCUAAAAACUGAAAGCAGAAUGGGAAACGAUUAGUUGAAUGCUCAAUGAAGCAGGGUCGGAAACCAGAGGCGAGUCUGCACAGGGCAGAGUUUGGGGGUCUGGAUGAUAUUUGACGUAAGAACAUAUGAUGAGAAGGGGAUCAGCAGCAGAAUGAGGCAAUGAAUGACAGAGUAGCAACAUUUGUAAGCUGAUUGACAGAGAAAAUAAUUUGGUUGUCUGACUGAUGACACAAACAAUACCUGGGGUGCGGUGCUCCACUGGUUGAGGAACAUGUGUGUGUUGGGAAUGGUUUUAUCUGUUGGGGGAGUUGUUCCUGUUUGUUUAUCCUGUAAUAUUAUAUCUGGAUGGUUCUUAUGGAUUGUCCUAUCUGAAAUAAUGUAUUGAUUAUCAUCUAAUUUGCAAGAUUUUGACACUAAAACUGUAUUGGGCUUGAAUUUAUUGUACCUUUAUGAAGUGAUGGAGGGCAUUCAUGAGUUUGUAUUUUAAAGCAAGAUUUUAGUGAAUGAUAUUUGCCAUUUCUUUGUAACUUUGUAAGUAAUCAGAUUGAGUAAAUCUGCUGCAGGAUC